AUGAAACCAGAUAAAUUUCAUCUUUGGAUGUCUACUACAAGUUUCAAAAUCAUAAGCAAUAAUGGCAUCAAUAGAACAAUAGAGAACCCUGGUCUAUUAGAAAACACAAGUACAAAAUUUAUGAAUAUAUCCUUAGCUAUGCUAUAAAGAGAAUAAUAGAAAAUAUGA